GCAUGCUAUUUCUGGCAGAACGAUAACCAAAAUGCUGUCUUGGUAGGCUGCUGAACCACAUUUUAAAAACACGUAACUCGACCAAUAGUUACGGUUCGUUGUCCGCUAAGGUAGCGCAUGCUUAACUUUCAGCAGCCCAUCUCAAAGUGGGACCAAGCGAACAAACGGAUAUUUACAACUCAACCAUCAGUUGCCUCUGCUUUCAUGCCAAUAGCGGACGGAUUUCUUUCUUUUUUGGAUAAAUGAAGUCCCACGAAGUGUGGGACGGAGAAAUGACCGUGGUCUUGCUGUAGGCGAAAGACUUUUAAACUUAUAAACUACUCGGUGGCUUCAAGUGACGGACUUUGAUUUUUUCCCAGCUGCGUGCUUUAAUCGUGCUGGGUUGGCAGAAAAUGGGGACUCGGAUAAGUGCCCUUAAACUCUAUGUGUUUAUCAUAUCUUUGGCACUUGCGUCGCAUCUAUUUAAAGUGGCUCAGAGCUCCAAAGUGUGGGAUGAAGUGCCCUUUCCAGAGGAUUUAGAGGAGGAAGACGACAAGCUGCCGGGAGGUUAUGUGGAUGAUGAAGAAUACGAUGGCUCUGGAGAAUCAAACAGUGGAGAUGGGGAUGGAAGCACUCCGGAACCAAACCAGGUGUACCCGGGCGCAACAAUCUACUAUCGUGCCCUGGUGAACUUCACAAACUCCUUCCAGUAUGGACCAGAACUGGAUGACAUCUACUCUCCUGCUUUCCAGGAGAUUUCAUCUGCCGUUGUUGAUACGCUUGAGUCCGACUACAACACAAUUCCAGGAGUCCAGACCGUGAAUGUGGUUCUCAUUAAGCAAAUUGGCAGAGACGUGUUUGUGGAGCUGGACGUUGGCUCGGAAAACAACUCAAAUGAACCUCAAAUCAGAGGGGUUCUGUACUCUGUGGUUAAGGAGGGCACCAUUGCCUCAUACGACAUCUCGGUAGUGGGAUUUGAUUUUAGACGACUUGGAGAAGCUGAUAACCCUCCUCCUGUGGAGCCCACCAUUUUGCCAGUGAAGCCCUUUCCCCGGGAAUGUUUGCCUGAUGAGUUCACCUGCAAGGAUGGAAGCUGUAUCAACAGAGAUUAUGUGUGUGACCAACGGCCUGACUGCAUUGAUUUAAGUGAUGAAAUGAACUGUGUUGGUCCUGUUCCUAGACCUGCCACUACACUUCCACCUCCAAGAACCAGGCCUCCACCAGGGCCGGGCCCUUGCCGCGUAGACCAGGCCACUUGCCAAAACGGACAGUGUAUCGCGCGGGAUUAUUUGUGUGAUGGCGAACAGGACUGCGCUGAUGGCAGCGAUGAGUUUAGUUGUGGAACUCCUUCUCCAUGUGAACCCAAUGAGUUUAAGUGUCAGAAUGGCCGGUGUGCUCUGAAACUAUGGCGUUGUGAUGGAGAUAAUGACUGUCAGGACAACUCAGAUGAGAUUGACUGCCCCACUAAAGGUCCAAGGGACACCUGUGCUCCGGAGCAGUUUGUCUGUGUUUCUGACCGCAACUGCAUUCCUGCCAGCUACCAGUGUGAUGAAGAGCCAGACUGUGCCGACCGCUCCGAUGAAUACGGCUGUGCACCUCCAACUGUGAUCGCCCCGCCACAAGAAUCCAUUUCAGCAGCGCGGGGGGACACCGUGACCUUUACUUGUGUUGCCACUGGUGUGCCAACUCCCAUCAUCACAUGGCGACUUAAUUGGGGACACCUACCAGCAAAUAACAGAAUAACAAUGACCAAUGAGAAGGGCCAGGGAACGCUCACCAUCCGUGACGUGAAGGAAGGAGAUCAGGGCGCGUAUACCUGUGAGGCCAUCAAUGCUAAAGGCCUGGUGUUUGCCAUUCCUGAUGGAGUUCUCAGUCUUUCUCAGAGACCAAAUCCAGUUGUGUCAUCCUCUCUGUACGUGUUAUCAGGUAAUUGCCCUGAUGGACACUUUAGUGUGGGCGAUCAACAUCACUGCAUGCCCUGCUUCUGUUUUGGCAUCACAAAGAACUGUCAGAGCACCGGACACUACCGCAGUCAGAUCACGCUGCGCUUCACUGAGGAGGAUGACUUCAAAGGAGUCAAUGUGUCAUUUCCCAGUCGUCCUGGGACCACUCCACCACUCUCAUCCACUCAGAUGAUGAUCAAUUUAGACACUGAAGAGUUUCAGCUUGUGGAUCUGUCUCGCCGCUUUCUCGAUCAAGACUCCUAUUGGUCUCUACCACGCCAGUUCCUUGGAAACAAGGUUGACUCAUAUGGAGGUUAUCUGAAGUAUAAGGUGAAUUACUUUCUUCAGCGAGGAGGAUCUGAACCAAAGGAAAAGCCAGAUGUUGUGCUGACUGGCAACGGGCAGAGGUUCAUUUACCGCAGAGGAGAGCCAACUUAUCCUGACACGACUAACCAAAGAGAGAUCAAGUUCACAGAGGAAAACUGGCAGCACUCCUCAGGACGGGCAGUGACUCGUGAUGACCUCAUGAUGGCUCUGGCCAAUCUGGAGACUAUCCAGAUUCGCACCAUUUAUGACAACCGCAUGGCCAGCGUUGGUCUGAGUGACAUCAGCAUGGAUAUCACCACCAAAGAGUUCACAGCACAAGGGAACCCAAGAGACGUGGAGGAGUGCAGAUGCCCACCCGGGUAUUCAGGUCUGUCCUGUGAGACCUGCUCCCCUGGUUUCGAGCGUGUACCUGGAUUAUUCCUGGGAAGUUGUGCCGGCUGUAGCUGCAAUGGUCACGCCAGUGCCUGUGACCCUAUCAGUGGUCACUGCCUGAGUUGUCAGCACAACACAGAAGGACCGCAGUGUAACAAAUGCAAGUCUGGUUACUUUGGGGACCCAAGUCAGGGCCGAUACGAUGACUGUAAACCCUGUCCUUGCCCGUACACGGAGACAUCUCGCCGUUUUUCAGAUAGUUGCUUUCUGGACCAUGACAACAGAGCGACGUGUGACGCCUGCAGAACUGGUUACACUGGGCGACGGUGUGAGAAAUGUGCUCCAGGAUAUCAAGGCAACCCUCUUGAGCCCAACGGCAAAUGUGUCCCUGUAUCUACCAUCAUUACAAAGUGUGAUAACAGAGGAACCAUCAAUCCCAUCAGCAGACCAUGUUAUUGCAAGGGCAAUGUGGUCGGAGGUCUGUGUGACGAAUGCAAGAUCGGUGCCUUUCAUCUUUCGGCUGAUAAUCCUGAAGGCUGUUUGCCGUGCUUCUGUAUGGGAGUCACUAAACAGUGUGCCAGUUCUACAUGGAGUAGAGAUCAGGUACGAGGUGGUGUCAAUGGGCAACUCUUCACCCUUUCUAAUGCUGCCAACACCAGGACCAUCUCUGAGGGCAUCGUUCAGAGAGCCAGCACUGAAGUGGUAUACAGAUCCUUCUCCAGAAUUCCCAAUGACAUCUACUACUGGGUCCUGCCUGAGAACUUCAGAGGGGACAAGGUUACGGCAUAUGGAGGAGAGCUGCAGUACAGGCUGCGUUAUGAGCUGCAACCGCGCUCGCUGGUUAUUGACGGACAACCAGAUGUGGUUCUCCAAGGCAACGGCAUCUUCCUGGAGCAUUACUCUCAGACCAAACCACUUCCAAGAGUCUCUACCCCCAUCACUGUGUCUUUCAGAGAGUCUGCAUGGAGAAGGUCUGAUGGACAGCCUUGCACUCGAGAGCACCUGCUGAUGGCUCUGGCUGAUAUCACUGUCUUCAUGAUCAGAGCCACUUAUGCAGACAACAUGGCUGAGAGCAGCAUCUCCGAUAUUCAGAUGGACGUUGCAGUACCUCACUCCACAGGAAGUGAGAGAGCACUGGAAGUGGAGGAGUGCGCCUGCCCUCAGGGUUAUACAGGACCGUCCUGCCAGGACUGUGAUGUCGGCUAUACCCGCACACCUGGGCUUUAUCUUGGCACCUGUGAGAAAUGUGAAUGUUAUGGACAUGCUAGCGGCUGUGACUCAGAGACUGGAGAUUGUCUCGGUUGCCAGCACAACACUGCUGGGCGUAAUUGUGAAAAUUGCCUGGCUGGUUUUUACGGAAAUCCUAAGAGUGGUGAUCCACAGGCGUGUAGCCCUUGCCUUUGUCUGGGACCCACCAAUACCCAAAGAAGUUGCUUUUUGGACUCCGAUGGACAGCCCACAUGUGAAUGUCCAGCUGGGUAUACUGGAAGACGCUGUGAAAGAUGUGCUUCUGGAUACAUUGGCAGUCCUCAGCUUGGACAAAGAUGCACUCUGAACAAUAAUAAUGGUGAUUGCUACCGCUGUGACCAGAGUGGUAGUGAGGGGUGUAGUUCAAACGGAGUCUGUCGCUGCAAGAUGAAUGUUGAAGGGUCAACAUGUUCCACCUGCAAACAAGGAACCUUCUACCUCAGUCCUUCCAACAAAGAUGGCUGCCUGUCCUGCUUCUGCAUGGGCGUCACGCAGCAGUGCUCCAGCUCCAAUCACUAUAGAGAUGUGAUUUCCACCACGUUCGCACCAGGAAACUACCAAGGAUUUGCGCUUGUAAAUCGCCAGCGUACCAACCGUAUUGACACUGGCUUCUCUGUAGAGCUGUCCACAGAGGGAACACAGCUGUCCUACACAAACUUCAACUACCUUGGACAUGAGCCCCACUACUGGCAGUUACCCAACAUCUUUCAGGGAGAUAAGAAAGCUCGCUCUGCUCGGACUAAACGAGCACAGAAGCACCCCGCUGACGAAGUACGCAAACUUGAUGAUGAAAUCUGGUCCAUCAUCUCUAAUUUCUCCAACGGGCAGUCGCCUUUCCUUUUCUCUUCAUCCUCUAAAACAUCCAGCUCUUCAUAUGGAACCCAGAGUUCCCUGCCUCGGUCAAGCGUGCAUGCCACUUCCUUCCAUUCUGGUUUAACUUCCUCUUUAACAGACUCUGAGUCCCUUUCAGCAGACUCGGUGCAUUCCUAUCAGCCUGACUCAACUGAGGUGGAUGAUGGAAAAAACACAGUUGGUCCACUUAGAGGUCCUCGACCUGGCCCUAAUAACAAGUAUGUUUUGGUCUACAAUGGUUUCAGCUCGCACCUAGAUGACGUGCUUUUCUGGCAGCUCCCUGAACAGUUCAAAGGGGAUAAGGUUGGGACAUACGGUGGAAAGCUAAAAUAUACAAUCUCCUAUGUGCCAGGAGUGCGAGGUUCACAUGUAGAUGAUGUAGAUGUGCAGAUUACUGGUAAUGACAUCACACUGGUGGCGCGUAUACCAUGGGCAAGACGUACGGGUUCCCGAGUGUCACAUAAUUUUGAGAUUGUUUUCCGAGAGGAAUAUUGGCAGCGUCCUGAUGGCAUGCCUGCUACAAGAGAACACCUAAUGAUGUUGCUGGCCGAUCUAGAUGACAUCUUGAUCCGGGCCUCUUAUGACACUGAGAUGCGUUCAUCCAGCAUCUCGGGGGUUCGCAUGGAAAUUGCCGUGCCCCAGUACACAGGCCUGGCACGAGCGUUUGAGGUGGAGCAGUGCCAGUGUCCACCAGGUUACCACGGUCUGUCGUGCCAGGACUGUGCACCUGGAUACACUCGCACAGGUGGGGGCUUGUACCUGGGCCACUGCGAGCCGUGCGAAUGCAACAGCCACUCUGACUCCUGUCACCCAGAAACCGGCAUCUGCACGAGCUGCCAACAUAACACCAGAGGUGAACUCUGUGAACAAUGUGCUGAUGGUUUCUUUGGAGACGCCACUGCUGGAACUCCAGAGGACUGCCAGCCCUGUGCCUGCCCCGGCACGGACCCUGACAAUCAGUUCUCUCGUACCUGUGAGAGUCUGGGUAACGGAGGCUAUCAGUGUACAGCCUGUCAGCAUGGUUACACAGGCCAGUACUGUGAACGCUGUGCUCCUGGCUAUGAGGGAAAUCCACUAGAAAGAAGGCCAUGCCGAAUUGCAGCGGCUGAAUUUCUGGUGGUAAGGAUUUUGCCGGAAAGAGUGGAGGUGGCACAGGGAAACCAAGUGACGCUUAGGUGUCAGGUAUCUGGAAAUCCACCACACUAUUUCUACUGGUCCCGUGAGGACGGCCGUCUGAUCUCCAACACAGCUGAGAGACACAAUCAAGGACAGGAGCUGCAUUUCCCCAGCGUGCGCCCCAGUGAUGCUGGUGUUUACAUUUGCACCUGCAGAGACCAGCGCAGCACCAAUAGGAGCAAAGCUGAGAUUGUCGUUAGAACUUUACCCUCCAAACCUAUCGAAGUCUUUAUAGAGGAACCUAAAAUACAGCCUGUGAAAGUGGGAACAACAGUGAGCUUCAUCUGCACAGCCAGAAGCAAGCUGCCAGCAUACACCCUGGUUUGGACCCGCAGAGGCAAAGGAAAGCUGCCUAACCGAGCCAUGGAUUUCAAUGGAAUCCUGACCAUUCAGAAUGUGCAGCCUGGGGACGCAGACACCUAUGUUUGCACAGGCUCCAAUAUGUUAGGCAUGGACGAGGGCACGGCCCACCUCUAUGUCCCAGAGGCGUCUCAGUCACAGAUGCUUUACACAGCCUAUGAGAUGUUUGAAGGACAUAGAAAGCCUGCUGAAGGGUCCCAGCCGGUUGCUACGGUCAAUCCACGUGUGCUGACGGUUAAUCAGGGUGACAGGGCAGAGUUUCGCUGCACAGUGAGCGGCAACCCAACCCCUGCUGUUGAAUGGAUAGGAGCUCCAGGAAACCGUAUCAGCUCCAAAGCCAUCAUUCGUAAUGGAGUACUGACCAUUUCGUCUGUGGAUCGCUCUGAUGAGGGAGAGUACAUCUGCAAGGCUCUGAACACACAUGGCGAGCAUACAGCCCGUGGAGUUCUCCAUGUUCAAAGUACAUCAAGUCAUCAUAGUCUUCCCCUCGUCCAAGUGAGUACCAAAAGUAUAGAAGCUCACGAGGGUGACACAUUAAGGUUGUACUGCAGGGCCAUUGGCAACCCCACACCCAUACUCACGUGGAAGAAGAGAGGUGGUCCACUACCCCCACAGGCAAUUCCCUCUCAUGGUUUCCAUCAAUUUAAAAGCAACAGUCUCGAUGUGUUACAGAGACGUAUUGAAGAGCUACAGACCCGUGGGGAGCGGACUGACAUUGGCACUCUACUCGUACCAAACAUUAGAUCAUCUGAUGCUGGCACAUAUAUCUGUGUUGGCACCAACAGUGCUGGGUCCUCAGAGGCUUAUAUUGAGGUCUCUGUCAAAAAAGGUGAAAUCUUUCCAUCUGGAGUUACCAUCCAGCCCUCUACUCCUACUGUAAUGGAGGGAGAGGCUCUUGAUCUUGACUGCAGUGUCCCAGGAACUUCUUCAACCUCUGUCAAAUGGAGUCGGGCAGGUAGACUGCUGUCAUCCAAUCAUCAGGUGCUUGGGACUCGGCUGCGUAUCCUGCAAGCCUCUUCAGAUGAUGUUGGAGAAUAUAUCUGUAAUGUAGAGAGCGGCCCAUCAUCUCUUCAGGCUUCUGUAUUUGUGUCUGUGACAUCCAGUGCCUCCCGUUUUCAGACCCCCAUUAUCUCCAUUGAGCCACACAGUGCCGUGGUGAAGCAGGGUGAGUCAGCCAGUUUCAAGUGCAGGGUCCACAGCGGGGCUCCGCCAGUACGCUUAGAAUGGAAACCCACCACCAAUCAGUCUUUCCCAGAUAAUGUGGUGAUUGGUCCUGAAAAUUCAGUCAUAACUAUUAUCAAUGCGCAAGCGAAGAACCAUGGUACCUAUAAAUGUGUUGCCAGAAACUUGUAUGGAAGUACUCAAAGCAUGGUGACGCUCAUUGUGAAAGAAUCUCCCAAAACUAUAGUAACACCUACAGGACCGGUGCGAGUCCGGGUCGGCGAUCCCAUUAAUCUUAUGUGCCAGGCCGCUGGAGAGCCGAGACCUUCAGUCAGAUGGCACAGACUGGACAAUAAUCGCAGGACAAUUCUGACCAGCCUCGCGUCUGCUGAUUCCAUUGCUAGUGUGCAGAUCUUAGCUGCGCGCCCAGAAGACUCGGGCACAUAUAUGUGCAUUGCACAGAAUAACCAGGGCACAACUGAGACUCGAGUAGAUGUGAUCGUAGAAGGAGAACAUCAGAUACCAACCGUUCCCCGAGUCAGUGUACGUGAGCCUGUGAUAGUUGUAGCAGAGGGAUCCACCGCCACACUUCACUGCGAAGUUCAUGGAUUCCCUAAGCCCACCAUCACUUGGUCUAAAGACCGAUCUUCUCUACCUUGGAGACACAAGGCAGUAGAUAACAGCCUGGUCAUAACUAAUGUGCGUCGUCAGGACUCUGGUCAUUACAUUUGCAAUGCCACUAACCACAUGGGCACCAGUGAAGUCACCAUCAUGCUGGAAGUAGGCGAAUCUCCCAAGGCUAUAGUAACACCUAUAGGACCGGUGCGAGUCCGGGUCGGCGAUCCCAUCAAUCUUAUGUGCCAGGCUGCUGGAGAGCCGAGACCUUUAGUCAGAUGGCACAGACUGGACAAUAAUCGCAGAACAAUGCUGACCAGCCCUGCGUCUGCUGAUUCCAGUGCUAGUGUGCAGAUUUUAGUUGCACGCCCAGAAGACUCGGGCACAUAUGUGUGCACAGCACAGAGCAACCAUGGCACAACCGAGACUCGAGUAGAUGUGAUCGUAGAAGGAGAACAUCAGAUACCAACCGUUCCCCAAGCCAGCGUACGUAAGCCUUUGAUAGUUGUAGCAGAGGGAUCCACCGCCACACUUCACUGCGAAGCUCAUGGAUUCCCUAAGCCCACCAUUACAUGGUCUAAAAAACACUCUUCUCUGCCCUGGGGACACAAGAUAGUUAGCAACAUUCUGGUCUUACAUAAUGUGGGUCGUCAGGAUUCAGGUCAAUAUGUCUGCAAUGCCACUAACCACAUGGGCACCAGUGAAGCCACCAUCAUGCUGGAAGUAGGCGAAUCUCCCAAGGCUGUAGUAACACCUACAGGACCGGUGCGAGUCCGGGUUGGGGAUCCCAUCAAUCUUGAGUGUCAGGCCGCUGGAGAGCCGAGACCUUCAGUCAGAUGGCACAGACUGGACAAUAAUCGCAGGACAAUGCUGACCAGCCCUGUGCCUGCUGAUUCAAGUGCUAUUAUGCAGAUCUUAGUUGCACGCCCAGAAGACUCGGGCACAUAUGUGUGCACGGCACAGAGCAACCAGGGCACAACUGAGACUCGAGUAGAUGUGAUCGUAGAAGGUGGACCUCAGAUACCAACCAUUCCCCGAGUCAUCAUACGUGAGCCUAUGAUAGUUGUGGUAGAGGGAUCGACCGCCACACUUCACUGCGAAGCUCAUGGAUUCCCUAAGCCCACCAUAACUUGGUCUAAAGAACGGUCUUCUCUGCCUUGGAGACACAAGAUAGUUAACAACAGUCUGGUUUUGUCUAAUGUGGGUCGUCAGGAUUCAGGUCAAUAUGUCUGCAAUGCCACUAACCACAUGGGCGUCAGUGAAGCCACCAUCAUGCUGGAAGUAGACACCCCACCCUAUGCCACUUCCUUGCCCGACGACUUGUCGGUGCGAGUGGGUGAAGUAAUUCGUCUGCAGUGCCUGGCCCAUGGUACCCCACCGCUGCGCUAUGAAUGGACUAAGGUCAAUGGCACCUUGCCUCGUACCGCUCAGGUGCAGGGAGGAGACCUUCAGAUCAACUUGGCCACAGAUAGCGAUGCAGGGACGUACAAAUGUAUCUCCAGCAACAAGGUCGGAACGAGCGAAGCGCUGGCCAGAGUCUCUGUCCGAUCACCCCUGUCUAUAAAAGUGUCCCCUCAGGUGGAAGUGAAGGCUCUUGGGAGCGCUGUGGAGUUUACCUGCUCUGCUAAAGGAGGGUCUCAGAUUCAGAUCGAGUGGCUGAAGGAGGGCGGAGUUCUACCACCAAAUCAUCACAUUUAUAAUGGAGUGCUCAGAAUCGAGAACCUUGAGCAAAGCAAUGAGGGAAUCUACACGUGCAGAGCAAGAAGUCUGUACGGACAGGCUCAGGACAGUGCCAAACUCACCAUUCAAGCUCUUCCAAAAGUGAUGAUCAAUGUGCGCACAUCAGUGCAGACGGUGAUGGUGGGGAACUCAGUGGAGUUUGAAUGCCAUGCUGAGGGUGAUCCUCAGCCGUCGGUGAGGUGGAGUAAGGUGGGGGGCACUCUUCCCAAUCAUGUUGUGGUGAAGGGGAAUGUUUUGAGGAUUGAGCAGGUGACCGAAGCAGACAGGGGAAAAUAUCGUUGUACCGCAUCCAACAAUGUGGGCUCGGUGCAAUCCGAUGUCGACCUCAAAAUACAGGCCUUGCCUGAGAUCGCUGCACAACCCGAGACAAAGGAAGUGACAGUGGGCUCCGAUGCGAUCUUUCCCUGCAUAGCAUCUGGAUAUCCAGUUCCAACCAUCACAUGGUCAAAGGUGGACAACGAGUUGCCAUCCAAGUGCAGACAGGAUGGUCAUGUACUGACAGUUCCCGCGGUCACACAUACAGAUGCUGGACUAUACGUGUGCACAGCUGCCAAUAAGCAUGGGAAAGUCGAGGCCUUUACUAAACUCCUGGUUCAUGAGAGAGUGAUGCCUCAAUUUACCCAGGAGCCUCUCUCUUACCUCACACUGCCGACCAUCAAAAACUCUUACAAAGCAUUCAGCAUUAAAAUUACCUUCAGGCCGGAUAAUGUUGACGGGCUCAUUUUAUAUUCCGGUAUGAUCCUUUAUAAUGGACAGAAGAGGACCACCGGUGCUGAUUUCAUAUCUUUUGGCCUGGUAGGCGGCCGUCCUGAGUUUAGGUUUGACGUUGGCUCUGGGAUGGCUAAUAUUCGAUACCCUACUUCCAUUAAACUGGGUGAGUUCCACACUGUAGAGCUCCACAGGAACCUAACGCACGGUUCACUUGUUGUGGAUGGAGAACAUCCUGUUAAUGGAAGCUCACAGGGAAAGUUCAAGGGCUUGGAUCUGAAUGAGGAGCUGUUUGUGGGUGGCUAUCCAAAUUACAGUUUGAUCGCCAAAACCGCAGAAAUCAAGACAGGGUUUGUUGGUUGUAUCAAGCAGUUGGUUAUUCAAGGCGAUGAGGUUAUUUUCAAGGACCUCGAGAAAAGUUCUGUUGGAGUUUCAAAAUGUCCCACCUGCAAGGACCAACCAUGCCAGAAUGGUGGCAAGUGUGAAGAUUCUGUUGCCAGUCUUUACAAAUGCAAUUGUCAGAGAGGAUACACAGGCAGCAACUGCCAGCAUCACUCUUCUCUGCGCUGCCACAGUGAGGCGUGUGGACCAGAUGCCACAUGCAUUAACAAUCCCAAUGGUCUCGGAUACAAGUGUCGCUGUCAUCUGGGCAAGUCUGGAGACAAAUGCAUGGAUGGUGCUCUGGUAACAACUCCAUUGUUUGAUGGAGAGGAUUCCUAUAUUGCCUAUCCUCCUCUUACUAAUGUUCAUAAUGACCUCCGGAUUGAGAUGGAGUUCAAGCCUAUGGAUCCAGAUGGUUUGAUGUUCUUCUGUGGUGGCCAGAAGGUGAAAGUGGAGGACUUUGUCACAUUGUCCAUGGUGAAUGGACAUGUCGAAUUUCGUUAUGAGCUUGGAACAGGUCAAGCUGUUCUGCGCAGUCAAGAUCCCGUGUCUCUGAAUAAGUGGCAUCGCGUAGUGGCAGAGCGGCUCGAUAAAGACGGUUCCUUAAAGGUGGACCAUGCUCGGGAGAUCUCACGCUCUUCUCCAGGCAAAGCCCAGGGUCUUAAUAUCUUCACAGCUAUGUAUCUGGGAGGAGUGCCCAGCAUGGACAUCUUGCCUAAACCUGCAAACGUUAGCAUGCUGUUUGAAGGAUGCAUAGGAGAGGUCUUCAUCAAUGGAAAGAAGGUGGAUAUUUCCUACAGCUUUACUGAGAACAGAUCCAUCAGGCAAUGUAGCCAAGUGGACAGGCCAUGUGAUCGCAGGCCUUGUCUGCAUGGAGGCACCUGUAUGUCCACCGCUGAGUAUGAGUAUCAGUGUUUAUGUUCAGAGGGAUAUGAGGGUGACCGCUGUGAAGUAGUGAAGGAGGCCUGUCGGGUUUCAUCUCAGUGCCAGAACGGUGGCACCUGUGUUAAUAAGUUCUGUGUGUGUCCUGCUGGAUACACAGGACGACACUGUGAGAAAGGGCAGGACUCCAGCUUCUCCGAGCAGCUGCAGAAUUUGGAGGGUAGUGGGGGAAAUGACUCUCCUCUUCAACAUUCUGCUUAUUUCCAUGAUAAUGGGUAUCUUGCCCUUCCAAAGCCCAUGUUCCCCCGAAGUUCUCCUGAUUCUCCAGAGACCAUUGAGUUAGAGAUCAACACUGUCUCUAGUGACGGCCUCGUCUUUUGGCAGGGAGUGGAGCCCGCAGGCGCUAUAAGCGUCUAUAAGAAGCAUGAUAGUACAAAGGAACCAGGAAAACAAGGAAAGGGCAAAGACUUCGUAAGUCUUGGUUUAAAAAAUGGACGAGUCGUGUUUAGUUAUCAGCUGGGCAGUGGAGAAGCUAACAUUGAGUCAAGAGAGACUGUGAAUGACGGCCAGUGGCACAAGGUCACCGCUGUCCGAACGGGUAGACAUGGCUACCUCCAGAUCAAUGGAGGAUCUGUCCACCAAGGCCAAUCAAAAGGCAAAAGCGUCAUGGUGGACACCAAGGGCAACAUAUACCUGGGUGGAGCUCCAGACAUGAAGUCACUAACUGAUGGGAAGUUCUCCGCAGGCAUCACAGGUUGCGUAAGAAAUGUCUCACUGCUAAACGCUCGACCGGGAGAACAACCAGCACAACCCAUCGACCUGCAGGUCCACGCAGAGGAGGGCAUCAACGUGGAGCGCUGCUCGACAUAGACGCAGUACUAAAACACUAUACGAGAGACUACAGGAAAAAUCCCUCAUUUACACACACUGGGAAAGAUCUCAGACGCUUACAGGACAACUCGCAUUUAAAGAGACACACACUGUUACCUGAUCCACAGGACAAAACUACAAGAAAGGAUUUUUCCGGUUAAACCAAAUAAAAAAAUGCAAAAGUCUUCAUAUUUCAGUGUUUUACGCUCAAUGAAGGACUAUUAACACAGAUGCUCCAGUACAGUGUACAUACUCCGAACAGCAGCAGUAAGUCAAUGAUGAAAACAUGAUGAUGGGUCAGAUCCUAUGGAAUCGGAGAUGUUUUUACAGCACUGAAUUUUAUUUAUGAGCAUAUUAAUCUAUAUAUAUAUUAUAUUUGUGGGGGGAUGCAAACUAACAAUAACCUGCUCAUCUGUUUUUUUUUCUUUUGUGGAGAUUCUAGGAUCUAAUAUUGAGUGUCUGAGGCUUUAGCGCCCAAUCUGUGUUAAUACUUGAAGACUGCGGACAUCUUUUGAUAUUUUGGAGGGCCAGUGGGGGCGAGCAUGCUUAGAUACUUAACCAUGGGAAGGGGUCACUAUGAGGUCACAGCACAGAACAUACCAAGACACAGGUGUAGAUUGUUGGUAAAGGUAGAAGUUACUUGGGAAAUCAUAUAUACAUAGUGUGGAUGCACUUGCCAUGCUUGGUAAUGUUGUUAUGUCUGGUAAAUGUGUCUGGGAAAUGUAAAAAAACAAACAAAUGGUGCUAAGGUCAGACAUGCCAAACACAAAUUACAAGUGCAAAACUUUUCAUAUUCUGUUAUUUACUAUGGAUGUCUUGUUUGUUCCAAGUAACAAUUUUACAAUAAAGUGCUGUUUACAGAUUGCCAA